UACGAGAAGCCGCACCCCUCCCGCCUCCUCCACCACUUAUCCUUCCCGAACUUGAAGAGAUGGGCAACCAGCAGAUGCUUGAUGCGCCAACAUCAACCGCAAGGGCGAGAGAGAGCUCUUCUUUCCGUGGCACGGAUCCGAGGGCCAGAGAAGGUGGCGGAUGGCGGUGGCGAAGACGACGGAGGCCUCGAGGAGCUCAAGGAGAAGCUCGUGGGCCGUUUCCGCGAGGUGGCGGACCAGAUGAAGAUCAGCGUGCAGCCGCUUUUCUUGGGAGGAGAGGCGGUGGAGGAUGUGCCGCUGCCGGCGAUGGCGCCGGAGGCAGGUCCUCGUCAUCCAUAGCGGAGGCGGCGAGACUGUGGAAUCUGAGGGUGAUGAGGGCGGCAUGCUCCGAGGGGGCCGAUCGGGACCGAGGGACAGAAUCCGAGCUCGAAACAUGCUCCGGUUGUGGUGGCGGCGGCAUCAGAGAGAGGUGGUCGGGAGAGGACGGUCCGGCUUAGAUCGGAGAGUGCAGAGAGAAGGGAACAGUCCAAGUUCUCGCUCGUGCUCACACGGCAGGAGAUCGAGGAGGACAUCUACGCGAUAAUGGGAUCCAGGCCUCGCCGACGGCGAUGACGAGUCGAUGGGAGAGGGGGGCGAACGGCUACAAUUUCCUUUUUCUCCUUCAACUGCUGGUGUGGUGGUGAAUUCUGACCGGUUGGUGCACUGCUUAUGUGGUGCACCUGGUUUAGGAUGUAAUUUCUCGCCACAGGCCCCUAGUGGAGUCGUCGGGUGCCUUGCGAGUCGCACCGUAGAGGGCUGUACAACUGGCCUGUCCAAAACGUGCAAUCACCGUACCGACUGGAAACACCGCGCCUGUUUCCUCUACCGGGCACUGGCUGCCUCACUGGACUCUAUAAGCAGUGAUCAGUGAGCUCACGAAUCUACCACGCUUCCGGAAGCUCCCAUGGCCACCCCAGCUCCUCCUCCUCCUCCCCCCUUCCUUCUCUCCGCCAAAUUCCGAAAUUACCCUUCCUUCCUCCAUAGUCAAAUAAGUCUAGCAAGAACUCCAGCACUCCUCCGUCCCACCACCACCACCACCACCUCCUCCUCCACCGCCACGAACAGAAGAAGGGCCCAGCACCUCACCUUCUGCCUCGCCGUCGACCGCGAGAGCACCGACCUCCCCAGCUCCACCCCGAUCCCGCCGCGCAGCGCCGAACUCCGCGUUGUAUUCUCCGGCGGAGGUUCCGGUGGCCACAUCUACCCGGCGAUCGCCAUCGCGGACGAGCUCAAGAUCGCGUGCCCCGAUGCCAAGAUCCUCUUCAUCGGCACCGCCACCAGCAUGGAGAGCGCCGCCGUCCCUGCCGCCGGGUACGAGUACGCCACCGUCCCCCGCGCCCGCCUCGCCCGGCCCUUGCUCCACCCCAUGAACCUCUUCCUCCCCUUCUACCUGCUCCGUUCCAUCGCCGCCAGCUGGAAGAUCCUCCGCGAUUUCCGGCCCCAAAUCGUGGUCGGCACCGGCGGGUACGUCGCCGCCCCCGUGUGUUUCGCCGCUGUCCUCUCGGGCAUCAAGAUCGCGAUCCAGGAGCAGAACAGCUUCCCGGGCCUCACCAACCGGGCUUUGGCGCCCUACGCCGAGAAGAUCUUCCUUGCCUUCAAUGGCUGCGUGAAGCAUUUCCCUAAGAAGAAGUGCCUGGUGUAUGGGAAUCCCGUCAGGCUUUCGCUGAGGAGGUACACAUCCAAGGUAGUCGCCCGGUCGCAUUUCUUCCCCAAGGCUGGAUCGGAUAAGGCUCAGGUGGUGCUUGUGCUAGGGGGCUCGGCGGGUGCCGGUGCCAUCAACGUUACUGUUCUGAACAUGUACUAUGAGAUGCUUCUGGAGCACAAGAACAGAUACAUUAUAUGGCAGACAGGGGCUGAGGGAUACAGUGAGAUGGAGAGCCUUGUCAAGAACAACAAGCGGUUGCUGCUUACCCCGUUCUUGCAUGCAAUGGAUAUGGCUUAUGCAGCUGCUGAUGUUGUUGUUUCUCGAGCUGGAGCAAUGACUUGCACGGAGAUAUUGGCUGCUGGAAAACCAUCAAUUCUGAUACCAUCACCUUUUGUUGCGGACGAUCAUCAAACAAAAAAUGCUUAUAUUAUGGCGGACAUAGCUGGAUCAAAGGUUCUAACCGAAGAUGAACUUGAUUCAAGUAGUCUUCAAACUGCAAUUGAUGAAAUUUUAGGGAAUGAGCAUCUGAUGGCAGAGAUGUCUGAGAAAGCACUUAAAUUUGCACGGCCCGGUGCUGCUGCCGAUGUUGCCAAAUGCAUCCUAUCUCUUGUCCUUUCCAAUGUGAAAUCUAGAACAUAGAAUGGUUUAUUUUCAUUUUUUUGAGAUCAUCGCUUCCAGUUUCUUUCAGAGAGAGACAGAUCAAUUCUGCUGUUUCUUCUUUUUUUGCUUGGCGCGGUUGUCUUGUAUUUCCUGUUGACGUGAGAGUGGUAGAAGCAUUUAUAUGUUGAAGAAAGUUUAUCACAUGACUGUAGGGUGGCAGGAGAAGGAAAAAGAAUUCGGUUUAUUCGUUUAGUUUUAAAUUGUAGUAACUGAAGUUUGACUCAAUCUCAGGAGGUAUGAUGUAAGCAUUUAUAUGGUGAAAUUUACAUGAUGUAUGCAUGGGUCAUAGUGUAACAAGUGUUAUUCAUUUAGCUCAGAUUAUAAUAGCUCUCAAGUCUCAA